UUGGCUUACAGGGGUGCAUUGCGACAAUGAAGACGUGCGUUGCAGUCGCUACUCUCUUGUUAUUGUUUGACACGUACGGAGCUGACGAAUCGUCGAAACUUCCUUUCACGUGCCCUUUCGAGUGCAAAUCAAGCAGAUACGAGCCGAUCUGUGCCAGGGGAAAAUCUUACGCUAGCCCGUGCGUUCUCAAGCUGCAAAUAUGCAGUGGCUACGAAGAUGUAGAAAUGUGGAAGGAAGUGGAAGCUUGUCCGAAGUACGACAAGGAUGAUGACGCGAAGGGCACCUCGGUCGAAACGAUCGACAAAAAUGGUGUCAUAUUUAGACACUUUAUCGAUGGUGUUAAAACACGGAGGUUCGCUCCAAGCAUCCAAAAGAAGCAGAGACCCGCUUUGAUUAUCGAGAAACAAACAAAAAUUCACGAUUUCCGACAACCGAAAGUACCCACGUGUUUGCAGAGUCGUUGCCCCAGUCGCGGUAUCCAGGAACGUCCUGUCUGCAUCCAGGGAAUCCAAGUCUCGAACUUCUGCUUAAUCAAACAGCUCCUGUGCGGAUCUCAUUUACCUUCUUUGGCCGUAUUACUAGCAAAGCCAUGCGAGACGACUUCAUCGAAUUCAAAGGUAGCGAUCGUAUCGAUACCAGCAACUUAAAACGACGCCGGUGAAGUCCGAGUGAAAAAUGUCCAUUGACAUGCGCGACGAUUGACGAUUGACA